CAUUUACGCGCCGGAUGUGGACUUGCAGAGUGAGCCCCAGAAGUCGUGGACGCCGUUGGGCUUGAGGCCCGACUGCACUUUGGUCGGGAGCUCUGCAGCUUUGGGAGGCGGCCGUUGCCAUGACGGCCCAGGGGAGCCUGGUGGCCAACCGAGGCCGGCGCUUCAAGUGGGCGAUUGAGCUGAGCGGACCUGGAGGAGGCAGCAGGAGCCGAAGUGACCGGGGCGGUGGACAGGGAGACUCGCUGUACCCAGUUGGUUACUUGGACAAGCAAGUGCCUGAUACCAGCGUGCAAGAGACAGACCGGAUCCUAGUGGAGAAGCGCUGCUGGGACAUUGCCUUGGGUCCCCUGAAACAGAUUCCCAUGAACCUCUUCAUCAUGUACAUGGCAGGCAAUACUAUCUCCAUCUUCCCUACUAUGAUGGUGUGUAUGAUGGCUUGGCGACCCAUUCAGGCACUUAUGGCCAUUUCAGCCACUUUCAAGAUGCUAGAAAGUUCAAGCCAGAAGUUUCUUCAGGGUUUGGUGUAUCUCAUUGGGAACCUUAUGGGUUUGGCAUUGGCUGUUUAUAAGUGCCAGUCAAUGGGACUCUUGCCUACACAUGCAUCAGAUUGGUUAGCCUUCAUUGAGCCCCCUGAGAGGAUGGAGUUCAGUGGAGGAGGACUGCUUUUGUGAACCUGAGAAAGAAGCACGUGGUGCCUAUGUAUUUGGAUCUCAUUUACAGCCGCCUUCAUGCCCAGUGGCUCCUCCUCAGCAUACUAACCCUUAACAUUAUCACUCACUGGAAAGGACCAAAAGGUCUCUUUUCUCCAUGGUGAAGAGACAAAUCCUAGAAAGACAAUGUACAUAUCACUACAAACACAAACUACCACAACUCUUGACUGAAAAUAAGGUAGAAAACUUUAUUUAUGUUUCCAGUAGAGAGCAAAACAACAAAUAAAACCAUAACUCUGUAAACAAAAGAGUGGUUGCUGAUAAAUCAAGAGCUACAGCAGCAUCUCCUUUUAAUAAAUUAAAUGGUUGAGAACAGUGCUUUAAAAAAAAGUUGCACAAGUUUCCCUUAAAUCUAUCCUCCUUAAUAUUUCACUUCUAUUUAACACAAGCUGGGACAUAAAAAUUCUGUUGGAGAUACUAGAGAAAUGUGAGAAAAUAAUGCUGAAUUCAGAUUAUACAUGAUGAAAAGAAAAAUAAACCAGACAAAAAAAAGCACA